GCUGACAGCUUCCUGUCUCCUGUUCCCAGCAUUGUUUUCAGUUUUUCAGUUAAAUUACAUCUGCUUCCCCACGAGCACAUAAAUCCAGCACCAGGUGAGCCUUCCAUGAAGCCUCCCAACACCUCAAUGUCUCAGUGAAAUGGAGCACCUCGAUCUGGGAGCUUAGCUUUGGUAAACUCACUCCUGAGUGAAGAGGCGAUGAAGUUCAUUCUCUGGAUCUGAGCACAUCAUCCCAGCUGAUGCUGCAGUACAGCACUGGAGGCAUGCUGCAUGGUUGGAUGGUCAGUUUGGGCAGAUUAAUGCUCUAAUGGAGAGUCAAUACUAAGUGAAUGCCACAUGCUUGGACAGACAGAAUGAAGACAGCGCCAAAACAUUCGAGGGUAAUUCAUGGCAUUAUGGGAACAGUUUGUGAGAUGCUGCUGAUCACAGUUGUACUGAUACAGCAGGAAACACAAGCAGACCCAUCCCAAGACCUAUUCUGCUUCAGAUUCCACAAGAACUCGGCAGUGAAUUGUACCUGGAAUCCAAGUGAUGUUAUCCCAACAAACUACACUUUCUAUUUUCAGGAGAAGGGCAGCACUGACCCAACUGAAAUAUCGACCUGUUUACAUUCAUUGCUGUUGGAGAGGAAGCAAUUCACUGCAGGAAGAACCUACGUUGCUUGGGUAAAGACCAAUGGCACACAGAGAGAGGAAAGCUUAAAAAGACUGGAAUUCAUCAUUGAUGACAUAGUGAAGCCUCUGUCUCCAGCUGCUGUGACUGGAGAAUUGACACCGGACACUUCAAAAUCCAUAUUUAUUACAUGGCAGAAACCCAACAACCUCGAUUCAUCAAAAACCCUUCAGUUUAAGCUUCAGUACAGAGUUGUAGAUGACCCGUUCUGGACUGAGAUUUCACAGGAUGAAAUUGGAAUCCAUUCAACAACUUACGAGUUGGAGGAUCUGCAGCCAUUCACACUCUAUGAGAUUCGGGUACAAUGUGCACGAGAAGGAGAGACAAACAGGAGAUUGUGGAGUGAAUGGAGUGCUGUCUCCAGAAUUCGAACUUCGGAAGACACUCCUGUUGGAUCUCUCGAUCUGUGGUUUUCACACCAGCCUGCUCUGGAUGGAUUGCAGACCCUGACCUUGCUGUGGAAGCGUCUUGAACAACAUCAAGCAAGAGGAAAAAUUCAGAAAUACUCAGUGGUCUACAGAGAAAUGACAACAGAGGAAGCAAUAUCAUCGACUGCCUGCUGUAGCCUCAACCUUUCAAGGACCACUCAAUGGGUGAUCGUCACUGCACACAACUCUGUUGGAGCAACUCAACCAGCCAUACUCAACCUCACAGCAGGCUUUCCGCCACCAUUCAAUAUGACAGUUCAUAGCAGGAACCGCUCAGUACAGGUGCUUUGGGAGCCACCAGCCAAUGCAACUCCUGAAGAGUUUGUGGUGGAAUGGUAUAAAAUGCCGGUAAAUUCAGAAUACACACUCAACUGGAAAAAAAUCCCAGCAGCGAAUGUGUGUGUAACCUUAGUGGAAGGUCUUCUGUCUCCCCUGCUUCUGUACAGGAUCUCAGUGUAUGCUCGAUAUCAGGCAGGAUUGGGAGGCCCAGUGUCCACUCUGGUUUAUGCAGAAGAAGGAGUUCCUCUUGCUGGGCCUGAAAUCUCAAUUCUAAAUAUCUCCCAGACUGGGGUCACUCUGCUAUGGAAGGAUCUCCCACUGGAUCAGCAACGGGGGUUUAUAAAAUACCUCACUCUGUACUACGUCAAGAAUCCAGGUGGACUUGCAAAGCAAAAGACUUGCAAUUUAAGCUAUACAUUACACAGAUAUACAUUGUUACACUUGGAGCCUGACAGUACUUACACAAUCUGGAUGACAGCGUCCACUAUUGCAGGAGAGGGACGUAGAGGGCCAUACCUUCACUUUAAAACACAAGGUUCACAGGUUGUGACCUGGAUGCUUGUGGCCCUGUUCUCUACAUUUGUGGUGAUUGCAGUUAUUCCCUUCUGGUUCUGUAGAUUCUAUAAACAAAGAAUACAAAGCUGCAGCUCAUUCUACUUCCCUCAGUGGUGUUGCCAACAAAUUCCGGAUCCAAAGAACAGCAAUGUUGGGCACGAGCAGUAUGAAUACCCUCCGAGCUAUUGUGAGGUACCAGUGGAGCCAGUAAUUGAUAAGUUGGAAGAGAUUGAAACUGACUUACAGAUUGAAACUGACAUCAAAUUUGAAGUUCCAUUAACAACAAGCAACAAUUCCACUCUGGCAGAAGACAUCAGACCCAGCAGCUCAGAAGAUACUUACUGGAUGAGUUGCCAUUCUGCACCUCCAGAGGCCUCCACUUGUUUGGAAAAGAAACUUGUGGAAGAGCCAGAAACCAGCACAUUAAUGGUGAAACCCCUCAUCUCAACUGGUUACGAGAAACACUUCUUGCCAUCAGAAGCAGAUGUGCUUAAUAAUGAAUGGCAGUUAGCAGACAGGAAGGUGUGGUUGGGAAUGGAGGACGAUCAUUAAGUUUCAGCAGGAGAAAGUGAGGACUUCAGAUGCUGGAUAUCAGUCAAAAAGUAUGCUGCUGGAAAAGCUCAGCCGGUCAGAUCAAUGGGAUGGGGGUGGGGCUGGGGCUGGGAGGAGGUAGCUAGGGUUUGUGAUUGUUAGAUGAAGGUGGAGGGAUGAUGAUAAUAGGUUGGAGUGGAGGGUGGAGCAGAUGGGUUGGAAGGAAAAUGGACAGGUAGGACUGUUCAAGAGGGCGGUGCAAGUUGGAGGGUUGGAUCUGGGAUAAGGUGGGGGAGGGGAGAUGAGGAAACUGUCCCACCUGUCUAUCUUCCUUCCCACUUAUCUGCUCCACCCCGAACUCCGACCUAUGACCAUCACCCUCUCACCUUCUUCUAUCUAUUGCAUUCCUAGCUACCUUCCCCCAGGCCCCACCCCUCCCAUUUAUCUCUCAGCCCCCAUGCCCCAACUACCCCCCCCAAACAUCCACCCCUCCCCCAUUCCUGAAGAGGAGCUUAUGUUUGAAACAUUGACUCUCCUGCUCCGAGGAUGGAACACCAGACAAUCUCGACAUGUUAUUCAAAGUAACCUGCAUUGCUGCUGGCCUCAGCCCUCUAAAGUCACAAGUGUUGCUGGAGAUCAGAGCUGAAAAU